CAUUGGCGAUGUGUAAAAAAAAGCUAAUUUUCGAUCAUUCUUAAUUCUUUCUGAAUUUUUGUUAUCACGAAAUAGAAAUUUGAAAAAGUUAUUCGUAAUUUUGUUCGCGGAUUAAUAAAUCGACCAUUUACAGCUGUAAAAAUGGCUGUCCUAAACUUACCUCAGUCGUUAUGUGAUGUAACCCAAGUUCAAGUCGACUACGAUUCGCCAAAUCAGCUCCUCGAAAUGACAACGUACCUAACUGGAUUACCAGACACUGAUUUCUAUUUAUUACACAACGGUAAGAAAUUCAACCCUGCAACUUACACCGAAGGAAUUAUUCAUGUCAUUCCACGCUUACUCGGUGGCAAAGGCGGAUUUGGAUCGAUGUUACGAGCCAUCGGUGCUCAAAUAGAAAAAACAACCAAUCGGGAAGCAUGUCGAGAUCUAAGCGGUCGAAGACUACGAGACAUCAACGAAGAAAAAAGACUGAAAAAUUGGCUAGCUCAGAAACAAGAACGUGAACGCGAAGCUGCCGAACGUAAACGUAAGAAACUCGAACGUCUGCUUCAAGAACCAAAAGUCGAAAUCAAAGACGAAGAGUAUAAUCAGCAGCGCUCCAUGUUGACGGAAAAUAUCAGCGAUUCGGUCGAACUCGGAUUAAAACAAGCUGUCAAUAACGGAACCAAAAGGAAAGCCGAAGAAGCACCAUCGACUAGUAAAAAACCCAAGAAAGGGUUACUUUUUGAUAUGGAUUUAGAUAUUGAUUCGGAUGCUGAAAUCAGUUCUUGCGAUAGUGACGAUGAUGAAGCUCCUGGAUCUUCGGGAACUUCCAGCAACGAAAGUAAAAUCAAUUCGGCCAGUUCGUCGAAGAGUAAACCCGAUGAGUCAUCUGGUUCAUCUAAUGAUGUAGCUGAUGAUAGUGAAAGUGUUCCAAUAGCUGGCUGUAGUUCGAGCAGUUCAGCUGUGAUGAAAUACUAGAUUCUCGUUUCUUUGGGAUUGUUUUUUUGAUUUGAGUAAACGAAUUGAGCCUCGAGCAGGUUUUUAAUGAAUACAGACAGUUGAAUGUACAGAAUUUAUUAUUAAUUGUGAAAAAUUUACCAAACGAUAGAAAAAAAUCGACACAUUUUCACGAAUCUGGACUCGUAGCAUUUGCUGUCGUAUAGAUUACGAUGUCGUCUUGGAUUUCAUUUCAUUGUUAUCCUACAGAAAAAUCGAGAUUAUUAUUUUGUAAAUAUGAAAAUGAAGUGAGUACAUAAAUGUAAGCUGUAAUAUUAUUUCCAAUAAAUUGAUGUUUUUUCCAAUCUCGUA